AUGUUUUUAACAAAAAUUAAUCUACUAAAAAUUUUGGGAGGAAAAAAUAAUGUUUUAUUUAAUUCAUUAAGAUUAUCCUCAACAAAUUUUCAUGAUGCUCAAACAAAUUUAAAAAAACUUCGUGAGGAACCAGAUAAUGAUGUUAAACUUAAAUUAUAUGGUUUAUUCAAACAGGCAACUACUGGGGAUGCUGUUGGUUCAAGACCAAGUUCAAUAAAUUUUGUGGCUAGGGCAAAGUAUGAUGCUCAUAAAGAAUUUUAUGGUAUUACUCGUGAAGAAGCUGAAAAAAAAUACAUUGAAUUGGUUAAUAGUUUAUUAAAUGAGGAGGAACAAUUAAGUAGUCAAUCUUCAACUUCAUCUUCUGUUAACGUACCUGGUAUUGAUAUAAUUAAAGAGGAUAAAGUUUAUAAAAUUACAAUGAAUAGACCAAAAAAGUAUAAUGCUCUUACUUUGGAUAUGUAUGAGGCAAUUGGGAAGGCUCUUCGUGAAUCAAAUGAAGAUAAUACAACAUCCGUUACUGUUAUUACUGGUGCAGGUGAUUAUUUUAGUUCUGGAAAUGAUUUAUCUAAUUUUUCAAAUAUUCGUUCAAAAGAAGAUAUGAAAAUAAUAGGAGAAAAAGCUUCUAAAAUUUUUAAUGAUUUUGUGACAGCUUUUAUAGAUCAUAAUAAACCAUUAAUUGGAUUAAUUAAUGGACCAGCUGUUGGCAUCACAGUUACAACAUUAGCUAUGUAUGACUAUGUCAUCGCAUCAGACAAAGCAACCUUUGAAACACCUUUUCAUAAGUUAGCUCUUAGUGCUGAAGGUUGUAGUAGUUAUACAUUUCCUUUAUUAAUGGGUCAUGCAAAAGCAUCUGAAAUGUUGGUGUUUGGUAAGAAAUUAACAGCUAACGAAGCUAAAGAAAGAAAUCUUAUUAAUGAAGUUGUUUCAUAUACUGACUUUAAAACAAUGUCAGAUAAAAAAGUUCAACAAAUUUCUUCAUUAUAUCCUGAAGCAAUGAAAAUUAACAAAAAGUUGAUGAGAGAUAUUCAUAGAGAGAAACUUCACGAAGCAAAUAAAAUUGAGAUUCCUGUUUUGUUCCAAAGAUUUGCAAGUAAAGAAUCAAUGAAUGCUAUUUCAAAAUUUUUUGCUAAAGGCAAUUAG